CGUUAACUGAGCAAGGUGGUUCCAUGUAUGUGUUUCAUGGUUAUUGGCUAAAUGGUGGCUAUAAUCCUCAAAAUUAUUGAAUACAAAUGUGCCACGAAUCCUCAGAAUUAAAAGAAAACAUGUACAAAUGCAAAUCACCUUAACCUUAUCCUCCAAAUAGUCUUACAGAAUUUAACAAAACAUGAUUGCGGGGUCAUGGAAUAGCCUAGGCUUUAAAAGAAUUGCAUGCUGGAAAUGACUCUCAAAGUCCGUAUUACCGUUAUGGCCGGACCACCUACUUUAAUGUGGUGAAUUGAAUACAGGUCAGCCUCAAGAAAUAAUCCUUUUUGUUUUGUUUAUCUAUGAAACCAAAAAGAAAUUAAAUAAUACUGUUUUCUUGUUAGGUACAUGAAAAAAGCCAAGAACAUCAAAGGUCAAUGUCAUUUCAACUUGUAAGCUACACCAUCGACUAUGAUAUGGGGACUCUGAUUAUAAGCAUACAUAUGCAAUGGCCUGCCGUACUUAGAAGUGGUUUUAGUUUGUAGGGCAGUGUGGGGCUAAAAAGCCCUUCUCACCUAAGUCCCAUGAUAAGGACGUUUUCCGACAGUAUAAUUGUCCUCGAUGCAAAUGAGUGAGAAUAUUACAGCUAGAACAACAAACUAGUCCUCACAGGACCCCCCAACUUCCAACUAACAUCAAGGUUCAAGUGGGCUAAAUUGCCCAUUUCAAUUAAAUGAUGUUAAUCAAUUCAGACAACACAAGAAAGGGACCAAAUUGCAGCCAAAGAAAACAACCCAUGAGAUGAAAUACCUUUCUUGACAUAUGAUACACAACUACUACGGUAAAAGAAUUACCAACUUUAUACCUUACUUUCUACCUUUAUAGCGUGGAACAUAAUUUUCCCACACAUUACGAAUCCUCCUGUAUCCCAAAGUCUCUCAUGCUAUCUACAUUUUUUCACAUGAAUCCAUUCAUGGAGAGGAAAAAGACUAGAGGCAGCACCAAUGAAUUGGCGGUAGUAAAGGCAGCUGCAUGGGCGUGGUACCAACAUGGAUCAGGAUCAGAGGGGAAGCAAAUGCGCGAAUUUGUUAUUACAAAGGGUUGUCAAGCUCCCGGGCCUUCACGAUACAGGCUAGAGGCCAUGAGAACAGCCGAAGAAGCCAUGGAGGGAUCAAGAUCAAGUAGUGCACAUAGUUCAAUCCAUACCAGUAAUUCUCUUCUUGAUGCCUUUGAAAUUGAAAGCAUUUCUAGACAAUUGGAUUGUCUUGUAGGAUCUAGUGGGAACAAUUUUUAUACAAGGUUCCUAGCUGGAGAUAAUGUUCAUCAAGAAAACGUGAAACUAUUAGAUAAGGUCGACACUGGUGGAAUGAAGAAAAAGAAGAAGAAAGUGAAAGGGUUUUGGCCAAGGCAUGCAAUUGCUUGUGGUACAAGGGAAGAUGUGGUGGAUGCAAGAGUUUUCAGGGAUAGAAGACGACCGGAAAAGCGUGUACCGGUAGUUAGUCUUACAGCCUGUAGGCCACGAGCCUCCCUAAGCUGAUGAUCAAUUGCAAUAUUGGAUUUUGGAUUGGUCGUUGGCUUUGUAUUAAAUUGUUUCUUUGCCCUGGAUAUUUGUGUGGCCAUCUUGUGCUGCAAGCCAACUCCUAUGCUGUCCUUUACAGAGAGGUUUACAUAAUAAGGUGAGUGAACUAAACUCUGUUUGAUAAAAUUAUAUGAAUCAUUAUGGGUGUGCCUGGUUUAUGGAAGGCUGGCUUAAAGGCUGCUUUGGGAAA